UCUAGGAAGAGGCUCUCUCUGCUUUUAACUCUAGCCAGCGGAGAGCCAAGACGCGUGGGGGUGCAAGUCCUCGUGGGGACGGAGAUCUCCCCGCCGGGCUACAGCUGAGCGGCUUAGCAAAGCCAGGAGAGAGGUUGAGAGGGAGCUAAAUCCAAAUUCUGCCUCCAGAUCUUUCCCCCUGAGAUCCAGAAUCCUGCCGGGCGGGGUUGCAAACUUGAACUCAGGUGUUUCCCGGCCGAAUCGCGGGUUCUGCUUCUUCCCUGCUGGCUUCAGGUUGGGUGCUAAAAGCAUCUCCUGAAAUUCUGAAUAUCCAAGGACCAGGAUCUCACAACCUCCUCAAGAUGUCUAAAGGGAGCUUUUCUUGCUGUUCUGGUCCCCAAAACAAGGUUGCUUUGGAAAUCUAGGGGAGCACCUGGGUUUUUGUUUUUCGAUAUACAUCUCUGCACAGAGAAAAAGUGACCUCACCCAACAUGACAGGGGGAGGAGACACAAGAAGCCCCAGUGUCACUCUGAUUGGGACUGCUGGGACAUGCGGAGAGAAAAACCUCCUGAAAGGAGAAACCAUCAAUUGGAUUGUACAGAAUCCCUCCUUCAAGGGGUUCUCCUAUCAGGACUCUGAGGGACCCCGAGAGCUUUGCAGCCGACUCUACCAAAUUCAUCGUGAAUGGCUGAGACCGGAAAAAAACACAAAAGCUCAGAUGUUGGACCUGGUGGUCUUGGAGCAGUUCCUGGCCGUCCUGCCUCCAGAGAUGGAGACUUGGGUGCGGGAAUGUGGCGCAGAGACCAGUUCCCAAGCUGUAGCCCUUGCAGAGGGCUUUCUCUUGAGCAGGGCAAAUGACCGCAAACAGAGACAGCAGCAACAGCAGGUUCAGGAGCCCUCCCCGUUGGCUGCAGAACACGCUGAAGCAUGGGGGGAUCUGCUUUAUACCUCUCAGGAGCUGAGCUUUCGGGAAACAUCCCAGGAGCGUCCAUCUCAGAACUUAGCAGUCUCCAAGAAUAGAACAUUGAUAACUCCUGUGGGACCAUCUCUCUUUCGUGGUGUAGAAGCAGCGGCUGUGCUUCCAAUUGAGAAUUCCCUGUCUUUCGAUGAUGUAGUUGUUUUCUUCUCAGUGGAUGAGUGGGAUCUGCUAGACUUCAACCAAAAAAUCCUGUACAACGAAGUUAUGCUGGAAAAUGCCAGGAAUAUGGCCUACACAGGAUUUGGUUGGCCAGAGAGUGCAAAUUAUAAACAGACAUCUGUGGAACAUUCACACACAGUCCGAAAUGACAUUGGGGAAGGGAUGUUUGAAAAUCUACGGGGACCCGAAACAUCGGAAUGCAACCAAUUAAACAAGAGAAGAGCAAAAUCUUGUACUCCUCAGUGGGCAGAAAUCCAUUUUUAUCUUGGCCAGCAAGGACACAAGAAAGGAAGGAAGUGUCCCGCCUGCGGAAAAACACGUAGAGGAAAUUUAGAUUUCUGCGAAUACUGCAGAACUCACAAUAAAGCAAAACAAUGUAAAUUUGGGGAGUAUGAACAAAAUUACAAUUCGCCCCUUCAUCGUACCUUACAUCAAACUACCCAAACCGGAGAAAAAAAAUUUCCCUGCACGGAAUGCGGGAAAACCUUCAGCAAGAGCAGUAAUCUUAAUGCCCAUAAAAGGAUCCACACAGGUGAGAAACUAUAUCAGUGCAUGGAGUGUGGAAAGAUGUUCAGGUGGAGCAGCGGACUCACCUACCAUAAGAGGAUCCAUUCGGGAGAGAAACCCUAUAAAUGCACAGAGUGCGGAAAGAGCUUCAGUGGCCUGAGUUCCUUUACUUCCCACAAAAGGAUGCAUUCUGGGGAAAAACCCUACAAAUGCGCCGAGUGCGGGAAGUGCUUCAGUGGUUUCAGUUCCUUCACUUCCCACAAAAGGAUGCAUUCUGGUGAGAAACCCUAUAAAUGCGCCGAGUGCGGGAAGUGCUUCAGUGGCCUGAGUUCCUUUACGUCCCAUAAAAGGAUCCACUCGGGGGAGAAGCCGUAUAAAUGCAUGGAGUGUGGGAAGAGCUUCACUAUAAGCAGUCACCUGAUUUCCCAUAAAAGGAUCCACUCGGGCGAGAAACCUUAUCAAUGCACCGAAUGUGGGAAGAGCUUCACUUUAAGCAGCCAUCUUACUUCCCAUAAAAGGACCCACUCAGGGGAGAAACCAUAUAAAUGCACUGACUGCGGAAGGAAGUUCAGGUGGAGCUGUCACCUGACUUCCCAUAAGAGGAUCCAUUCGGGAGAGAAACCCUAUACGUGCACAGAGUGUGGAAAGAGCUUCAUUGACCUGAGUUCCUUUACUGCCCAUAAAAGGAUCCAUUCCGGCGAGAAACCGUAUCAAUGCGCAGAGUGUGGGAAGAAUUUCAGGAGUGCUACUAAUCUUAGUGAACACAAGAGGGUCCACUCGGGUGAAAAGCCAUAUAAAUGCGCAGAGUGUGGGAAAAGCUUCAGGUGGAGCAGUUGCCUUACGUCCCAUAAAAGGAUCCACACAGGGGAGAAACCAUACAAAUGCACGGAGUGUGGAAAGGACUUCCGGAAGAGCUGUUCUCUCACUACUCAUAAAAGGAUCCACACAGGGGAGAAACCGUACAAAUGCAUGGAGUGUGGAAGGAGUUUCACUAUGAAUAGUAGCCUGACUUCUCAUAAAAGAAUUCACACCGGUGAAAAGCCGUAUACCUGCGUGGAAUGUGGAAAGACUUUCCGCAAGAGCGAUAACCUUACGUCCCAUAAAAGGGUACAUAUGAGCAAGAACUUGUAUAACUGCAGGGAGUGUGGAAAAAGCUUCAAAAUAGAGGAAUCCGAUGUAUGUGAACACCCCAGCAUUUAUAGGAAAGAGACGCAAGGCGAAUGCCUGGAAGAUGGGAAAAGUUUCAUCCCUCUUGCUUUUCACCGAAGCUUCCAUGUGGAAGGGAAACCAUAUCAAUGCAUGGAAUGCGGCAGCAGCUUCAACAACAGCAGCCAUUUUAUUUCCCAUCAGAGGACCCACUCGGGGGAGAAACCGUACAAAUGCCUGGACUGUGGAAAGAGCUUCAGUGAAAAUAGCUCCCUGACUUCCCAUAAAAGGAUCCAUUCAGGCGAGAAACCGUAUAAAUGUGUGGAUUGCGGAAAGAGCUUCAGUCAGAGCGGGCAGCUGACGUCACAUAAAAGGAUCCACACGGGAGAAAAGCCCUAUAAAUGCGCGGAAUGUGGCAAGAACUUCAGUCAGAAUGGCCAGCUUACUUCCCAUAAAAGGAUCCAUUCUGGAGAGAAACCAUACAAAUGCACGGAAUGCGGGAAGAGCUUCAGCCAGAGUGGCCACCUUACUUUUCAUAAAAGGAUCCACACUGGAGAGAAACCCUAUAAAUGUAUAGAGUGUGGAAAGAGCUUCACCAUAAGCAGUCACCUUACUUCCCAUAAAAGGAUCCACACGGGGGAGAAACCCUAUAAGUGCACGGAGUGUGGAAAAACCUGCAGUACCAACAGUGAUCUUACUUUGCAUAAAAGGAUCCAUUCAGGGGAGAAACCCUAUAAAUGCAUGGAAUGUGGGAAAGACUUCAGUCAGCGAAGUAAUCUUAUUUCCCAUAAAAGUAUACACUCGGGGGAGAAACCCUAUAAAUGUAUGGAGUGUGGGAAGAGCUUUAAUCAGCGCAGUAAUCUUAUUUCUCAUAAGAGGAUCCACUCGGGAGAGAAACCCUACAAAUGCAUGGAAUGUGGCAAGAGUUUCACUUGGAACUGUCAACUGACUUCUCAUAAAAAGAUUCAUCCAGGGGAUCACCAAAUAAACCUUAGAGAGAAAAGGUAUAAAUGCACGGAGUGUGGGAAAAGCUUCAGCAAGAACAGCAACCUGAAUGCCCAUAAAAGGAUCCACACGGUAGAAAAACCGUAUAAAUGCACGGAAUGUGGGAAAAGCUUCCGCCGGAAUAAUAAUCUUACCUCCCAUAAAAGGAUCCAUUCUGGAGAGAAACCGUAUCAAUGCACGGAGUGCGGGAAGAGCUUCCGUAAGAACAGUCACCUUACAUCUCAUAAAACAAUCCACACUGGGCUGAAGCCGUAUAAGUGCGCGGAGUGUGGGAAGAGCUUCAGCAUGAACAGUUACCUUACCUCCCAUAAAAGGAUCCACACUGGGGAAAAACCGUACCAAUGCACCGAGUGCGGGAAGAGCUUCAAUGGCUUGACUUCCUUUACCACUCAUAAAAGGCUCCAUUCGGGUGAAAAACCAUAUAAAUGCACGGAAUGUGGAAAGAGUUGCAACACCAGCAGUGAUCUCACUUACCACAAAAGGAUCCAUUCAGGGGAGAAGCCGUAUAAAUGCCUGGAGUGCGGCAAAACCUUCCGUAUUAGCUCUUCCCUUACCUGCCACAGAAGGAUCCAUACAGGGGAGAAACCAUAUCAGUGCCCGGAAUGUGGAAAGCGCUUCAUCAUGAGUUCUUCCCUUACGUGCCACAGGAGGACCCACACUGGGGAGAAACCGUAUAAAUGUUUAGAGUGUGGGAAAAGUUUCAGUCAGAAUGGUCACCUCACUUCUCAUAAGAGGGUUCACGCAGGGGAAAAAGUUCAGUAGUGAAAGGUCUUCUCUUACUCCUAUUCCCUUACACCCGAGAAAAAGAGAUGCAUUAUGUGUGGGAAACAGUAUCAGUUCAAGAGACAACUGGAUUUUCUGUUUUUAUCUUUGACGACAUUUCGCUUCUCAGAGCUGAAGAAGCUUCUUGGAUGAGAAGUGAAACGUCUUCAAAGAAAAACCAGGAAGUCCAGUUGCCUCUUGAAAAAAUACCAUAUUUUUCGGAGUAUAAGACACACUUUUCCCCCCUAAAAGGGGGUGAAAAUUUGGUUGCGUCUUAUACACCGAAUGUAGCCAAAAACGCAAGGCACAGAGGAGACGAUGGUCAAUGGCAGUCCCCGCAGCCUGGAACAGCUGAUUGGGGCUCUUCCGGGAGACCAAUCCACCCACCAGUCAGCUGCUCGUGCUGAAUCAGGCUGCAAUAAUGUGCUGAAGCUGACCUGACUGUUCGCUAUUUGCUGGAAGGGCUGUCAGAGUUUGCAGCAGCAAGCAAAACACAAGCAGAGGAGAGUUUCAGUUUUAGUUUCAGAGAGCAGCACAGCAUGCAGCUUCAGAACAAUUGACCUAAGCCACGGCCAGGCUCCUUGCUGUCUACUGCCUUGUUGCUCACACAGCAAAUACUGUUUCAGUUUCCAAACAGUCUCACACACUGACAGGACUCUAGCUAGAUGAAUACCCAUGGAUGCUGGUAGGCAGAGGCAGAUUUUUUUUUUCUUAUUUUCCUCCCCCAAAACUAAGGUGCGUCUUAUACUCCAAAAAAUACGGUACCUUUGGGACUCGAUACAGCUUCAUGUAGCAUUGAAGAAUCUUUUCAAGAAGCCUUUCUUUGAACAAUCAAUCUUAUAAAAUGACCUUUAUAGAGAGAAGCAUACAAAUGUAUUACAUGUGGGGAAAAAAAUUCAGGGACUCCAGUUCUGAACUGAUUAGAUAUCACUGGAUGACUGAUUUUUUUUUUUUUUUAAGAUUAUUCCCGUGUACAUUGAAGGAACAAGAUGGGAAAGGAACAGAUGGAUGGUGGGUAGAAAGUAUUGAGGAGAAAUGAGAGGGAAGAAGUUCAAAGACUACAACAAUAGUAGAGAUAUGGUGAGAAUCUCUCCCUUAUUGGAAGAUUGUUCCUUGCACUUAUUGGGUUGAGGGCGUGGUGUGGCUUGGUGGGCGUGGUGUGGCAGGGGAAGGAUACUGCAAAAUCCCCAUUCCCACCCCACUCCUGGGGGAAGGAUACUGCAAAAUCCCCAUUCCCACCCCACUCGUGGGGGAAGGAUACUGCAAAAUCCCCAUUCCCACCCCACUCUUAGGGCCAGUUAGAGGUGGUAUUUGCCGGUUCGCCAAACUACUCAAAAUUUCCGCUACCAGUUCUCCAGAACCAGUCAACCUGCUGAAUAGCACCUCUGGUUGUUACCCUCUCAUGGUCCCUUCCAACUCCUGUUCUGUUCUAUUUUGCUCGUGCUCUGCUCUUAAAAACUUCCAGUGUUGGAGCAUUCACAACUUCUGUUCCACUGAUCAAUUGUUCUAAUCUAACCGUUCAGGAAAUUUCUCCUUAGUUCUAGGUUGGCUUUCUCCUUGAUUAGUUUCCACCCAUUGCUUCUUGUCUUGCCCUCGGGUGCUUUGGAGAAUAGCUUGACUCCCUCUUCUUUGGGGCAGCCCCUGAGAUACUGGAGCACUGCUGUCUUAUCACCCCUGGUCCUUCUUUUCAUUAAACUAGAUAUACCCUGAAGAUCCCUUCCAACUCUGUUAUUCUGUUAUUCUUAAAAUCUGUGAAAUGAUGCAGAAAAGCUAUUGGUUCCCCCCCCCUUCCUGAAGCCCCUCCAGUCUGCCAUCUCUGUUCUCAUUCCAAGGCCCACCUCAUCCUAUCCCCAUGUUCCUCCUGCCAGUGCACCCAGGAACCACUAGGUGGGUGAGCUCGCUCUCCCCAAUUUCCUCGGACACCCCUCAGACCGUCAUGUCCCUCACUUAUGGGUCAUUACCCUCUCAUGUACGCUUGCUCAGCCCUGGUUUCUUGGAUAAGCAUCACACUGUGUGAAUUUGGCCAAAUUGACACAACAUGCCAAUGCACGCGAGCAAAAGGCUUGAGUUACACCUGGAGUAAUGUACACCUGAAGUUUAAAAAGGCUCUUAAAAUGCUUCUUGUUGCAGGACGUUUUACAAAGCUGGAAGAAAUGUGUUACUGUUCAGUACGUACAUGAUGGUUGCACCGGAUUAGGAAAUAUAUUGAUAAUCAAGUUGUUAUAUUGCUGAUCUUAGCUCACUAUGUAUUACAUUUUUAUUGUUUUGUCUGGACUGUACACCUGUAAGUGGAUAUGAAAUAAAAAUUGAUGUUAGUGCCAGCCCA